GAUUUGAAAGUUUCCAAUUUACUUCUGACUGAUAAGGGGUGCUUAAAAAUUGCUGAUUUUGGUCUGGCUAGAAAAUAUGGUCUUCCUGUAAAACCAAUGACUCCUAAAGUAGUUACAUUAUGGUAUAGAGCUCCUGAACUGCUAUUACAGUCUAAAACUCAAACCACAGCUAUAGAUAUGUGGGCAGCUGGUUGUAUUUUGGGAGAAUUACUAUUACAUAAACCACUUCUACCAGGGAGAUCAGAAAUUCAUCAGUUAGAACUUAUUGUUGAUUUGUUAGGAACUCCAAAUGAUAGUAUUUGGCCUGGAUAUUCCAAAUUACCAAUUUUAGAAAAUUUUUCUCUCAAACAACAGCCAUAUAACAACAUAAAACAUAUAUUUCCUUGGUUAUCUUCAUCUGGAAUUCGUUUAUUGAAUCUUUUAUUUAUGUAUGAUCCAAAGAAAAGAGCAACUGCAGAAGAUUGCCUUCAGAGUUCUUAUUUCAAGGAACAACCAUUACCAUGUGAACCACAAUUGAUGCCAUCUUUCCCUCAGCAUCGUAAUUUGAAAAAGAAACCAGUUAAUACUGUAGAAGAUAGGAAAACAACGUCAGAUAAUUUGCAUAAUGUAUCUAUCAGUUUACCAGGUCUCUCUGAUAUGUAAUAUCAUAAUACAAAUCAUUUUGUAAAUGCUCAAUCAUUUUUAAAUCAUUUAAAAUGUACUAUUCACUUUUUUUCUUUUGAGAAAUUAUUGUAUAUAAUAAAAUUAUAUUAAU